CCAAAAUUGACUAGUAGUAGAAGCUCUUAGAUAUUCUUCCCUGAUAUUUUUUUUUGCAAGAGCACUAUAUAUAUACAUAUAUCGCGCGCGCCAAACACAUCGGUCUUACAGCCCCACCGGGAAAUGACGUCAUCUCCGCCGUUGCCUCAGCAAGCAUCGACGGUUUUGUACUGGCACAAGACCGAGUACGACGACCGGAACUUCCAGAUCCACGGCCGGACCCUCUUCUACGCCCUCGUUCUCUUCUCCACAGCCCUCCUCCUCGUCUUCCUCUCCCUCUACAUCCGCCGCAUCUGCCUCCUCCGUCUCCCCCAGGCCCAUGCGCCGCCGCCGCUUCCCAUCUCGCGCUUCUCAUCCUGCGGACUUGACCCGGCGGAGAUCCGGAGUUUGCCGGUGGUGCUCUGCCGGAGAGAACCGGCGGAGGAGGAGAGUGAGUGUUGUAUCUGUCUCGGCGGAUUCGAGGACGGGGAUAAGGUGAAGGUGUUGCCGCAGUGCCGCCAUUGUUACCACUGCGAGUGCGUGGAUCGGUGGCUGAGGAGCGAGUCGAGCUGUCCGAUCUGCCGAGUCUCUGUCCGAGUCGACUCGUCCGUGUCUGUAGCCGCGGAAUGAGACGAAACGACAUCGUCGUGAGCUCGACACUUUUGUUCCGUUGUUCAUGCAGAUGACGUGGUUUUAUAGAACUCUUCCUUCUGUAUUUUGUUCCGCGAAGAUAUUUAUUGGUACACGGAAUGGGAAAUGAAUGAAUGAAUUGACGUACAGAUUUUAUUUUUCAUAUUUUUUUAAUUAUAUCUUAAAUUUUCUUUCUUAAUUUACACUCUCCAAUCAAAUUUAAGCAGAAAGAUUUAAUAUUUUUAAAAAGAUGACACAUAAUUAACUAUAAAAAAGUAACACAAAAGUAGCAAUAUAUAUCCAAUGCAGUUUCUAAUUUAUAAUCUCUAAUUUCUUCCAGGCUUUUCAUUUCAAUAAUUUGGGCUUUUAUUGGGUUUCCUCAGGAGCUCGGCCCAAAAUACUGCUGGAGAGACUAAUCCUUUUUCUAGGGUUUUGCCACCAUUUAUACGGUUGCAUAAGCGUUCGAUAAGAUCAUCUUCCUCGGCGGCGGUCACUUUCCUCUGACUGGUUAGGGUUCCGGCACUGAGAGCUGCUUCUGCGAAUCCACCAUGAGAGCCAAGUGGAAGAAGAAGCGUAUGAGGAGGUUGAAGAGAAAGAGAAGAAAGAUGAGACAGAGAUCUAAGUAGUGUUUUGUAUUUUGAAUUUCUUCUCUGCACCUUUUGAGACUUAAUCGCAUUAAUGGUGGCGACGGACCGAAUCAAAUUUAUGGGUUUUGCUUCAGGUUUCUGUUUUAUGUAUGGCUAUUGCUCUCU